UCUGGCGGAAGUGAAAAUAAAAGGAAACCGACGAUGAAGACUGCAGCACACCUCAUCUCAUUAGCUCUUCUGAAAUUAGCCAGAUCUCAUUUCAACUACACUCUAUACACUUUGAAUAGGCUUUCCUUCUUUAGCAGAUUAAGAAAAUGCCGUUGCAAGCGAUGCAUAGUAAAACAAGUCGACCCUGGCUCUCGAACCUUCUACGUUCAAUCCUGUUGUAUUACAAUCCAAGAGACCCAUGGGAUACGGAAAGGGUUCUCCUUCGAUUCUACGCAACCGUGCUGCUGUUGUAUUUGACAACGAGGCUCUUCAUAGAUAUGACAAGAGACGUACCAGUGAAUGAAGCACACGACAUCGUAGACGACUACGAAUACGCCGACUGGGAACUCAUGUUCAUCUACAUUGUCGCAUCCGGAUUAGUUUACCACGAACUCACCAUUUCAGUUAUCGAAAGAAAAGGACUGGGGUUCGUGCACGCAACCAUCGGAGUUUUGACAUUGUUCCUCGGUACCGGCGUAGUCCUCAAAUACGAACACUUCACGUGAUGAAGAAAAAUGGUGUUUCACGUGCUGAAUGGGAUGAAAUUAAAAUAUUCUGCACUGCUGAGUUCGAAAAGACAAAAUAGACUGCUUCGGUGAACCAAGAGCUUCGCAACUGGUAUCGUCUCAAGCUCAUGGACAAAAAACGGAAUGCCAAAAAAAAUAUUCGUAAAUACUGGAGAAGAUUUUGAAACAUGAUGGUUGCUUCACAUCUUGGGCCAAAAAUUCCAACACAGGAAAAUCCCCGAAAAAAAUGUCCAGAUCUAAACUUCAUAAAAAAAGCAAAAAAGAAAGCGUUCAAAAAUUUCAGUCGAAAGAAAUUCGGUGAGAUACAUUACGUGAAUUUAAGGUGUGCUUUCUUCGACAUCAAUGACAGCAGAUGCUUUCCAUCUGACGCUUUACUCUGUUUUCAGAAUAAAUUUCCUUGGCGCACAAACCUACAAACCCAUCACAGGAGGAAGAAAUUAAGACUCAUGAAGACCUAAUUAAAUUCGUUCCGGGCUAACACGAGU